AAAUACAAGAUUUCCAAAGUCUAACAUGAGUGUUUUCACUCACACUGGCAGAAUCACUUAAACUUAAAGUUGACUCUUAUAGGCAGCUGAGAUUAAAUGCACGAACACUUGCCACGCUGCUAAUAGUGUACGUAAGUCAUGGCCGAGCCUGAAAGCUUGAUCGCUCGAGCCGGGAUCGUCCGAGGCCGCAAGAACAGCGUGCCGAAACUGCUCCAGUCAAUCCAAAUGGACACCAUCAAGAUAAAACAGAUUACCAGUGACAAACUGGCAAUGCCGCUCCUUAGACAAAUGAAAAAAAAUAAACCGACGCUUAUGUUGCCUAACGAAAGGAAGCUCAGGUUAGACCGCCAGAGAAGAGCCCUAUCCGUCACUGGAUUAGAUCGCGUCAACUCGUCAAUCUCCGCUUCUAUCGUAGAACACAGAAAGUUGAUAAAAGCAAAGCUAGAAAACAACAACACAAUUUGGCACGGGUUCCGAUACCAUUCCAACGGAGAUGAAAGGCAGCCCCGCACCAAAAGUUUACCCAGUUUUGUUUCUGAAAAGCCAAAGUUUUCUGCUCCAUCCAGCGCGAUCUAUGGAUUUGUGCAGAACCCAAGUAAAAUUGGUAUUGCGCCGCUGGCAGACUUGCGCGUACAAAAAUUUCAAAGGGAAUUUAUGGAAGAUAUUAUGCGGAGUGGCAACAGUGGGAUUUUAGCACAGCAUCGUUCACUAUACGCCCGCCCUUCAGCACCUUUUGCACCGAACCGAUGGCGUACUAUGUCCGAACCAGUUGCCAGUAAAAUAGUGGAGAAAGAUUCAAGGGGAGGCAACAGCGGGCUGCAACAGGCAAAUAAUUCUUUUAACAUGCGAUAUGGUGUGACUUCGCAACUUUUUGCUUUAAGGAAACCCGCACUCGAAGAGUGUAAGAAACAAGAGUUAGAAAUAAUGAACCGAACACAAAAAUCUGUAGAUUCUUUCAUAAACAACAUUGCCAAGAUGAAAAAGAAAAAAACGGCAGAAGAACUGAGCGAGGAUGGAGCGAUCAUUGCAGAAAUACAUAAAAGAAUCAGCCAAACCUAGAUAAUCAUAAGGAAGACCAGACGAGAUCUAUUAUUUUCAGUUUCAGGCACGUUCUCAUUUUAGUGAAAAAAUAAUAAUGGAGAUCUUUUUAUAGUGGGCUACUCUAAAAUGUUUGUGCCAUAAUGUAAAUUAAAGAUAAA